CUUUUAGUCUUUCGGCGUACGCUCGAAGGUGAACACCACCAUAGCAACGGCCCGCGCCAGCACCUGUUGCUUCUUCUGCGCUCGGCGCGUGUGUUUUUGUUGUGCUCCCGGCGCGCGGCGGACAAAUCGCUCCAAGCGUGCAGGUUCAUCUCAUCUCUUGGUUGUGGUGCAUAUCGCGGUGUGGCCGAAUCGCGCGUCGUUCGUGGGUCAGUGCGCGCGCGAGUCUAAUCAACGAACACUACAAAGGCGACGUCGCCGCAUCGUCCUCGAGGAGAUUUUUUUUAUCAUCUCGCGCGCUCGUCGCUUGCCGCUUGCAGCUUGGCCGACUCCACCUUUCGGGAUUUUGUUUUGCUUCUCAUUUUCCGUUUAAUCAUUCAAUUAAAGCUAAUUUGCUUGGAAGAUUGCCGUGAAGAGUGGGCGAAUACGAAGAAGACAAAAAUAAAAACAAAACAGCCGUCGGUUAUCUCUGCUACUGUGUGUUGUGAUGCUGGAAAAGUUGAGAAUGUGAUGAUUGAUCUGGAAUAGGGAAUGCGUAAGGUAGCAGCGGUGGUUCUCCGUCAACCGUCAAACGGUACUUCGCAUGAAAUAAUAUUCAGCCAUGCAUGAUAAAAGUGGUUUUCGAAUGACCAAAUGAAGUUCUCCCGAUUGGAGGCUUGAGUGGGAGGAUCAGUGUGUGAAACUUCAGAGUGCAUCCUGGCAGGGAGUACGAGAAAAGAGCCAAACCAACCAACAACCGGGUGAAACAUGUUUCCAUUCUUGUAAAGUGAUUUUGACAAUUAAUCAUGGAUUACCGGCCGGGAAGCCAAAUUUGAAUGUCAGGAGGAUUAACUGCGGUUGCUGCGUAGGCACUUGACGGUCAUCGACACAGGUCACGUUUUACGUUGGAGCGUUUCAUCUGUUUAAUUGCUUAGCACUAGUGGUCGCCGUCUCACCGUGUGUCUUAUAUUUAAGUUGACAAGUGUUGCAAAGUUCUGUCGUCGUGUGCCGAGCUAAAUUUGAUAACGCCGCGUGCUGUCGGCUGCAGAAUAGAAAACAUAUAAACGUAACCUAACGAAGACUUUGGAAUUGUGUCACGUUGCUGCUUUGACCCAGAUAAAAAUGAUGCUUCUGGAUCCGCUCUUUAACACCUGAAGAUGCCGUAAGAAACAAAACCACAUAGCGUCCCGGACCUGACCGGUUGCCAUGCGUUUGUUCAAAGCCAAGAAGCUGCCGGAAAUUCAGAUUGUACCGUCAGAACCAUCAGCAGCGGAAGCACCAUUCAAUAGCGGCAGUACCCCAGUGGCCACCGCCGGUGCCAACCGUAAUGACAUUAUCAUUUCAAGCAGCAACCAAUCUGGUUCGGCAUCGGCCAACGCUGGGUCGCCUUUAUCGACAGGAGUUGCCACAGUGGUCACCACAUUAUCGAGCAAUGGUCUGCAUCAGCAGCAGCAGCAGCACCACCCAUCAACGUCAACCUCAACGGCAGUGACAGCACUCUCGGCCGGAACGAAUGCAACCGUUGAAGCUAAUGGUGCCAGUGCCAUCAGUCUACCGCCGAAACCGAUGGACCCAGUAGCGGGCAAUGCCACAGCACCACUUGCGAAUGAUAAAAUUUGCACAAUUAAUAACAAAACCGAGAAUAUUAGAUUAUCGGAGAAGGCACGCAAUCAAGUCGCUGCGGGUACUGCUGCCAGUGGCAUUGGUGGCGGUCUGCUGUCAUCGGGACAGCCACAACAGAUGCAUCAACAGCAGCAACACCAACAACAUCAGCGGCAGUCUCAGCAGUUGUCAAGUUUCCAACAGCAACAACCGCAGCAGCAACAGCAGCAUUCACAAUCCAAUAAAAUAAACGCAAUCGGACCGCUGAUUGGCAGGAACGGAAUUGGUCCCUUACCCGGCUACAAGGUGGUUACAGCGAUUCCGGUCAUGGUGCUAGACGACGAUCCACCCACAAUCGCGGUGGCUACCGCUGUGGUGUCGUCAGCCACCAAGGAGAGCAAAAAUGUUUUCACAUGGGGUCGGAAAAUGGGCAAGAAAUUCGAUCUCCUACGACGUGGUAGUGAUGCUCAAAAACUUCCAACAACGCCGUCUCCAUCGACAAAUACGCCCAGCUGCGUGCCCAUUUUCAACUCGGAUACUAUCAAGAAAAGCAAAUCCGUUCCAUUGAAGCCGUAUCCACCUACUAAUGAUCCAUUGGUAAAGCUCAAUAGCGAACGAUCAUCGGGGACCUUCAAGAAUUUCUUUUAUCGCAUGGGAUCUACUGGUAUGCUUAACCAUCGAUCGAAUCAGUCCCAGAAGCAACAACAGCAGCAACAAGCAAAUCAAGAAACUCAGCCAACCAGUCCUCAGCAAAGCUUGCCAUCUCAGUCAGGAUAUAUGACUAAGAACAAAACUGAUGGACACUCUACGCUAUACCGUAGUAGCUCGACAAGUCAGCUGAACACGUCGUCCUACAUCAAGUGUGACGAUCCAACCGAGGGUAUUAAUUUGGCCAACGGAAAUCACAAAAACGCUGUUAGCAGUACAAAUCUGAAUAUUUCAUCAAUGGAACAAUCUGCGACAAAGCAGACCCCUUCGGCAAAAUCUUCAAGUUGUGACGAUAUAGUGAGAGUUGCUGCAACGCAAGAACAGCUAUCUAAGAAAAAUCAUUUUCCUUAUGCUUUUCUCCGAUCAAAAUUGUCCGUUCUUCCGGAGGAAAAUGGAGGCUCAGUUAUAAACUAUAAUCGAAUAAAAGAAAACCUGCUCCGAUCGGGAAAUCGUGGAUCGGUCAUCAGUUUGCGAUCUGAUUUGGAUAACAUUUCCAUAACUGACUCUCAGUUAAAUAUUUCAGACAAUGGAGAUGUCUUUAUCUCCGGUAAUGAUUCGAAAUCCAUGACGGCGUGCGAUUUGAGCUCGAUAUCUCGUAACAAUUCCAUCAAGACGCUAACGGAUGACCACAGCUUUGUCAGCAACUACCAAAGAUUGAGCAGCUGUCUCAGCAGCAACGAGUCCGGCUACGAUAGUGACGGUCGCCAUGCUGAGGAUAAGAUUGACGAAAAUGGAUCCGGUUCGGCAGCCAAUAGCCUCACAGUUCAUCAUGGUGCCUCGAGUCUGGUGGAUCCGUACGCUGAUGCCAUUCGAAGCAAGGAUCAAUCGUACAUGUUCGGUAGCCGGAGACGAAUGUCUUCAUCGAGCUCAAUAGCGUCGGUACACAAUUUGGACAGCAGCACAAUCCGGCGACGGUUUCGACAAAUCAAAUUGGAGAAGCACAGUGCGGACGAGGUUAUCGGUAUUGAACUGACACCACAGACGGUUAACAUGGACGAGGGAGACUGCGAAACUAGGUAUCUGGUGACGGAGAUCGAUCCGGAAGGAAUUGCUUACAGAGACGGCCGCCUACGCAUUGGCGACGAGAUUGUCAACGUAAACGGGCACCAUUUACGUGGCCUGCAAUCUCCCAGCACGGUACAACGCAUACUAUCGACUUUUGUCAACAACAUUGUAGACCUUGUCAUUGCACAUGACGAGCUAACUACGUUCAAUGCCGACCUGCACCGAAAGAUUAAAAUCGACGCUAGCGUCACGACCAAGCAGGUCAGCGAGCUGGAAGUCAACGGUGGUGCCGGUACGGUACUAUCGACCAACAGUGGCACUUAUAACUUGAACUCAAGACUGCAGCCAAUCACAAUCAACUGUUCAACACCGAUUUCGAAUGGACAAUUGAAGCAAAAUCAGCAACAGCCCAAAGCUACCUUUCCAAUGGCACCGAUCUACUCACCAGGGGACUACGUUCCGGUCUAUGCGAACCGUAUCUCGAUCUCCAACACCAUAUGUGACGACGAAAAGUGGCAAAUGCUGAGCAAGCAACGGAGCGAAGCUCUCGGAAAGGGUGGCUACUCGCAAAUCCUUGGAUCGAAACGAGUGAUCAAAGACAGUGAUGAGGAUAUCGUUAUAGUUCCAUCCACCGCGACGAAUGGGGAUCACUCAACUGAAGCAGGACUUCGUACACUCUAUCGCCCGGUGUCGCAAGGCAAUCUGAGUCUCCAUUCAUCCAUCGCACAUCUUGCCAGCAACGUCGAAUGCGACGAUGAUGAAAUGACGGCUGUAUCCCGUCCAAUCACCAUGGUUGAAAUUAUUUCGGACACCAUACGGAGGAAUGUACCCUUCGGUAGCAUUAGCAACAGCAACAGACAAGCGAACCUGGAUUAUCGAUCGAUCAAAAUUAAAAAGCCAGAAGAUAUUCCAAAGACAGUACAAAGGAUUCGAUUGAACUCCUGUAACGAACCCAGCAGUGUUUCAAGUUCUAAUUCCGCUGAGGGGAGUAUCGCUUCGGAAGAUGGUCCCGUUGAUGCAAGCCCCUUGCAGCGUUCAAAAACGGAACAGAACAUCAGCAGCAAAGAGGAGAUGGAUAUCUCGAUGGAAAGCACUAAAUACGAAUCGGGCGUUCGAAUUUUGAUCAAUGAAGAGGGCUCGUCGUACAUCGAGGGAAUCCACAAAUGCAUCUACGUGACUGUCACCUUCUACAAAGGAGCCGGAAUGAAGUCACUCGGGUUCAGCAUCGUUGGAGGACGGGACUCUCCCAAAGGAAGCAUGGGAAUAUACGUAAAAACAGUGUUUCCCAGUGGGCAAGCCGCACUGGAUGGGACGCUCAUGGCUGGUGACGAAAUAAUUUCAAUAAACGACGUAACUGUGCACGGAAUGAGUCAUGCUGAAACAAUUGGGCUGUUCAAGAACAUCAAGGAAGGCCCGGUAGUGUUGAAGCUUGCAAGACGAAAGUACCAACGCGCCAAAUCAGUGGACAAUUUGCCAAAUUGAGAUCAGCAAGGCCAAUGCUCCAAACUUCUUCCAUUCCACAUCAGUCUUCCCAAACAAUGAACCAGCUGUCUGUGUCUUCCAACAGGAAUUUCAAACCAUAACUAAAACCGAGAACCUGAUACGUAACGUUCCCUCUGACUCGACAAUAUUCGAAGCUCCCGUGCUAUGCCAAAAAAGACACGCCAACAUCUUAUCCGGGUGUCUUGGCACUUAAUUCUAGUCACUAUUUUUCUGUGUACUUAAU